UUUAGACGUGUUUAGUUAGAGCCGAAAACGAAACAUUCCGAAACAGAAGGAAGUUCAACAAAAAACAAAGACGGAAGAUUAAAAUCUGCUAUUAUGACUUAGUUAUUUACUGUUUUAAUUGUUGACAAGGCUGGUGUAAUAAAGAUGGAUAUUUGCAAGCUUCUACUUAUGAUGGUGAUAGCCUUGUCAACGUGGACACAGGCAGUAUUUGUUAAACAGUCUAUUCCGGUCCCUGAAGACAAGUAUGUGAUCGCAUGUCCAUCUGAGUGUCAGUGUUCGCACAAGGAAAUGACAGCAGAGUGUCAAUUUGACAGUUACGAAGAUUACUCCAUGAAAAAACUGUUACCAUGGCAACUUACUGUGCUUCGAAUUCAUGGUACAUCUUCAACUUGGCAGACUUGCAUGCAUUCUGUCAAACAUGUGUUAUUGAAAGGCUUAGAAGAUGUUGAAAACACAGAGGACAGUUUUAAUGAUGUGUUUUCAGGAUUAAGAAGUUUGGACAUUCAGUACAUUCCGGUUGAAAAGAUCUCAAAUUCUGACUUAAUGGUUUUCAAAAAUCUGUCAUUUUUAAGUUUGUCUCAUAGUAAAAUUUCCGCCAUUGAAUCUCAUGCUUUUGACACUAUGUCGUAUCUGGAAACCUUGAAACUCAGUUGGAAUAACAUUUCAACUCUUGGAAAAUAUCUAUUCAAGGAUUUGAAAGCCUUAAAGGUCCUUGAUGUUGGAUAUAACAGCAUAGAGAAGUUAGAUGCAGAAGAUUUGAAUGGGCUUUUUAGCUUGGAAGUGCUAGACUUGCAGAGCAAUUUGCUAAGACAAGUAGAGACAUUUAUUCUGGAUUUAAACUUAAAUGCGCUACAAUCCUUAAAUCUUAGAAGCAAUAAAUUGUCAUACAUUUCCAAAUCAGGUGUUGAACAGCUCUUGCGUUUAUCCAGUGUUGACUUGAGCAGCAAUGCAUUUGAAUGUACAUGUAUGAAUGAAGAAUUGAUAAGAAUGCAUAUGCUGAAACCAACCUUGUUCGAAACAGAAACUUCCUGCAGUGGCCCAAAAGACUUUAACGGCAUGAAAUUCAAAGAGCUGGAUAUCUACACACUGCCUUGUAAAGAACCCGAAAUUUCAAAUAUGACCAAUAGCCUGAAGGUUAAUAAUCAAGAAAAUCUUGUGAUUAGAUGUAAUGUUCAAGCCUCAGCACCAUUUGCGGUCUAUUGGGUUACGCCUUUGGGGGAUAAAUUUACACAACUAGACACUAAAGAGACGUUUCCUGAUCAGUAUGAGGAAAUGAUGACUGAAAAAACAUAUUAUGGACAUCACUCGUUCCUGGUUUCCAAAAUAUACAUGACGAGAGACUUUUCUCUGGUAAUUGAGACGGUUAGAGGCUACUUUGAUGGUGAAUUCGUAUGUGUAGCUGAAAACUCAUUAGGGAGUGUAAAUGAAUCAACUACAAUUGCAGUCACUUCAGAAGUUAAAACUGUGUACAUCAAUAGCAUCUUCAUUGGUGCAUACACCUCCAGUGCAAUGCUAUUUCUUGGUACAUUAAUUGGAUUGGUGCGAAUGUUACUGAACAAGUGUUGUCAUAUUGAUAAAUGCUGCUGCUGUUUAUGUUCAUCGGACGAUUUGUUGGUUGUCGAUAAGCGGAAAAAUGAAAAUGGGAACAUUGAAACAACGUAUGCUAAUAGCGACAGUAUUGGAUACAUGGAUGAAGAUUCCAUUUUUCAAAGCGGUAGAAAUACCCCACCUGAUCCUCCUGUGAAUUCACCAACUUUGAGAUGCUCCCCAGAUAAGUGUGUCACACCAACCAAUAGCGAGAUGGAUCCUAGCAAGGGGUCAUCUCAACACAUCUGGGAACAACUGGAUGAAGUGAGAUCGAGGCUCUACUACGGAGCUGGCAGGAAAAUUGAGAAAGUCCGAUCACAUGUUCGCUCCUUUACUGAUACAGGUUCCCUGAAAAUUCGUGAGAUGAAGGACGCAGGUAGCAUGAAGAUUCAGUCUAUCAAAGAGUCAGGCUCCCAUGCGGCCUCUGUGGCGAAAAAGACCGUCACCAGCGGUAUGUUCCAGGUAAAGUACAGCGUGCAGUCCAUCAAGGAGUUUUGUGGCACUGGAGAAAUGGGUCCGGGGACAGUUUCCAUGGUUUCUGUCUCCACAGACGUCGACACGCAUGAAGAAGUUAAAAUCGUCCGAUCCCAUACGUUCGUGUAGCAAAUGUCGUGUUCCGAAAGCCACAUUAUUUUUAUAUGUGGGAUGCAGAUGUGUACAAUCUGUAAAAUAGCGAUGAUGACAUAAACAAAGUUGAAAAAAUGUGACUUAUGACUUCAUAAAAGCGACAACAAGAUUUAUCCAGGUGAUGUAAUUGGAAAAAAUAAUGUUUAAGACGAAUUAAAUAAAGUAGGGAUACAAUCAUAUGUAUUUUAAAGCUGAACUCUCACAGAUUGACCAAUUUGGCAACUUUUACAGUUUUUGUCUUUUGUUUUAGUAUCAGCUGAUUUUGGCAUCAAUGUUUUCAAAUCAGUCAGAUAGGAUAUAUAGCACAACAGAACAGAUCUCAAGUCUUUGGAAAUCUGCCGAAAUUUUCAUUUUCCUUAAAACAAGUAACGCUUUUAGCCAUAAAACAUCAAUUUUUGAGCAUAAAUAUUAAAAACUUUGAUCUGAUCCUUUGUCAGCUGUCUUACAAUUUAAAUCACUGAUUUUCAGACAUUUACGCAAAAAUAGGCUCAAUCUAAGACAAAAAAAUAAAAUAAAAAGUUGUCUAAAUGGUCAAUCUGUGAGAGUGCAGCUUUAAAAUAUCUAUGAAUGCCUGCUAGUGCUUUACAAUAGUAAAUUUUAAAAGAUCACAAGAAUCUUUUAGAUAUGCAAAUAAGUGUGAUAGCCAGAUGAUAAGGCCAAGAUUGUAGAUGUAGAUUUAAUGUUGUAAUCACUCCUUUCAAAAUCAUUAUAAAAAAUUACCGUAUACAUUAUGCAUAAAAUGUGUUAUGUUUUGGAGAAAUUGUUAGACUAGUGUUGCUGUUUCAGUUAUAAAACUACUGGGUGCUGUAGAAAAGGGACAGGUUGCUUUGGGUAAAAAGGGCACAUUGUAUCUGCUGUGACCAUUUUUAGUAAUACCGAUAAUAUUAUAAGUUUGACAAAAAAUAUAUGAAAUGAUUUAAUUAAAGUUCUUUUAGAUUUCAAAUGCAAUAUUAAUAAAGUUUGAAUAUAUUUAUAAUCAUGUACAUGUAAUAAGCUUUAAAAUUAAAAAAGUGAAAGUUUGAUUAUCUUAAGCUUUCAAUUAUAUGAAGGGCGCACUUGUUGGUCUCCAUGGGAUUAUGCUACCCAAAAAAAGCAGGGUGCAGCACCCGCGUAUAACUCACAAGCUAAAGUCCUAUAAGAUAGAUUUUUAUUGUUAGAUGUACAGUACUAGAUGUUUUUUAUAUAUAUUUUAUACAUAAAUAUAUAUAUAUAUAUAUAAAGUAUAAACUUAAAGUUUAUGCACACAAUAUAUAUAUUUGUCCAGAAAAACUCGACAUUUGAAACAAUGAGUUAAUCAAAAAAUAAUUUAAAUGUUUCUCUUAUUUUAGCUCGUUUCUCUGUGAAAAUAACUGUGAAAGCACAUUGUACAUUGUACUUGGUGGAAAAAUCUAUGACUAUAUUGCGGUUAAGAAUUCAUUCAGCUAUAAUAUUGGGUGUUUUUUAAAUUAAUAUCAAUAAUUUGUUGUUGUUUUUAAUCAACUAUAAGCAUGAAAUAAAAAAAAUAAUUGUUUGUCUAGUGUAAGAUUGCGAUAUAUUUCACCUCAUGAACACAAAAAUUAUAUAUUUCACUCAUGGCAAAGUUCAUGCGGUGAAAUAUAUUGCUUUAAUCUUACACUGAAACAAACAAAUAUCUUCUUUGUAAACGGUGCAUUGACUUGCUUGCCAUUUCAUAUUUCAAUGCCUUUAAUACUCAUGUGAUAUAUGGUUUGUUUUUGACAUGGAUGCUUGAUAUACUGUAGAGGGCUUGGAUUUUGUGACAGUUUGAUUUUCAUGAAUAUUUCUGGUUUGAAUUUAAGAUUUUUGCUUAUCAAAAUAUGUUAUACAUGAGAGGUAAUUCAAUACAGACUUUAUUGAACAUUUUUUUUAAAUUGAUAAAAAAAAGCCUUUACAAACUUUGUAUUGAAUAAUCACAAAUUUGAUAUUACUGAAGGAAUGAAUUGCCGGAUUGAUGUCAUUAUCGGGGAUAUGAACUCAGUUGGGCUGGUUCAAGUAUGAGUGGAAUGUUUAAAGCAUCUAAUAUCUUUUGAUAGAAAUCAGCCCAGUCUAUUUCCUAGGUGACAUUCUCAAAAUCUGUUAAAAUCCUGCCUUUCAGGAAUCACCUUCUGUCUUAAGUCCCCUAAAUGUCUGUGGCCCCUGGUCGGACCAAUCUAUGGUAGGUGCCUUCUCAACACUGCACAGGGAUGUCAUCCUUCGAAAGUAUAAAUUUAUCAUAUGUUCAUAUUUAGAUAUGAUGAGGAUUAAUCUGUGGAAGUUACUGGACCAAUCAAUAAAUAACAUAACAUGCCAAGAUAUUGUUAGUAUCAUGUAAAAAAUCUUCAUCAUUAAAUUGUCUAUAAGAAUGAUGUUCACCAUGUUGUAUUUUUAUUUUAUUCAUAAACAUGUACACAAAUUUCUUUGAACACCUGCACACGAUUUGGAUAUAGUAAAAUAAACAUACCUGAUUUCUCUUUAUGAAAGUACAAUAUUAACAGAAUAUUAGAUUGAUGGUAUUGAAAUGUAUUGUACGAUAAUAGUUCAUGUUCUAUAGGGAUCUAAUAACUGUAGCUAAAUUAUAUAAGUGUGGGCUGAAUUGUAACAGUAGUGUCCAUUAACUACCGUGAGUGGUCAACAUUAUAUUUUGUCCAAUGAGAAGACAGUAAACAUCAAAUUUGCAAAAUCAGCAGUCAGUCUUUAUUAAUUGUAAUCAGGUCGAGCGGUAGAUAUAAACUGUGUUAAUUCAAUUCAAUUCAAUUCAAUUGAGUGGGCAGUUUACACAAUGUUAUGUAGACCACUAAAAAGUUAAAGGUUGCUAGUAUGGACUAAUACAAAAUUAAUGGUUGUGCGACUGUGUUAUCCACUUAGUAACAACCUUGAACCAUUAGUUACAUAAUAUGUCAAGUGUCUGAUAUAUGUAAUUAAAUGUACAUGAAAUGUCAUGUUACAGCUUUUUGAAGCCAGUGGUCUUUCAAUUGUCUUUUAGUGGUCUUUCAAAAAAUAUGAGUGCCUUUGAAACAACUUCUGAUUUUUGUAAACAAUAUGUAGGAGGCAAAUCGAAGCCAAGCUCUUGUUGUUUCAUUUCUCAUUUACAAUAUACAGUUCUAAGACUUUGAUUUUAUUCUGUAAAGUGUAAAUCAUGUAUAUAUGCCAUGCACUGGUUGUUAUGAUGCUGUGUAUUUAUUUAUAUGCAAAGUGAAGUGUACUGUUAGUACUUAUUAUUACAUAUGCUUGGUUUAAUUGCAAUGCUUUUAUUGGUCGGGAGGCUGUCACAUGACAUUACAUGUAUAUAGACAGUUAUAUACCCAGGCAAAAAGUGGCAAUUUCAUUGGCAAAGUUUUGUGUGUGAUAUUUUUGUCAACAAAAUCCCAUGCUUUACAGGGACCAUAUAUAAUAUUGGGACAAUAUUCCCCUUGUUUUCAAUGGUAAAAUUGGAGACUAGAAAUAGAAUUAUCGUCAAUCAUGUCAUUUCGUGAAAGUAACAUUUUUGACGCAAGUAAUGAAAAAUAGUUGUAAGAAUAUGUUUUUAUAGGAAUAUUAUUGCUACAAGCAUAUAAUAAAACACUUUCAGACUGACGAUAUCUGUUUAUACCCUGUUUUAUGAACCACAUAAAGUGAUAAUUACCAGACCUCCUCUCCCUGAACGUCACUUUUUAUUGUCCAUAAAAUGGAAUAUAACACCUGACUAUCAGUCAAUAUGCUAAUUGCUCAGAACUUAAUGAAAGAAAGCAACGUCAUUUAAACUAUAUCAUUACCUUUAAAAGGAAUACUUGUUUGUGAUCUGCUCAUAUGUUUAAGUAGAACAUGUACAGCUGGAAAAACCGUCACAAACCUUGCUAAAAAUAUUGCAGAUCAUAAGCGUUUUGAUUCAAGUUUCAGAGCUAUAACUAUUUGAAAAUUAAUGCAGACGUAAAUGACGUUCUUAACUUUAAAUGAGUUCUGAACAAUUGGCCCUUUAUCUGUGAAUUAUUAUUGGUUACAUAGAUUUGUAAGCAGAUGUCUUAAUCCUUUUUGUUUGAUUAAAAUAAAUCUAACACAAAGUUC